AUGGAUAUCGAUAAUCAAUCUGAACUUGCUGUAAAGGAUAUGGACAUUGAUAUCGACACAGGCAUAGAUCAAGUUGAAAAGCCACCAAAAAGUUCUACGAGCGGUGUUGAUAAUAAUGAUUACGCCUCGUCAUCAUCUUCAACUGUAACUAAGCGUAAACAAUCUCCUAAAAAUUCGAAGGUAAAGGGCACAAAAAAUACAAAGGACAAAGUUAUUAAGAAAUCGGAAGCUGUCAAAAAGACGACGUUGAUUUAUAAAUACAAGGAUGGCGAAGUGGAAGAAAGUGAAUCUUUUGAAUUGAUCGGUGAAGAUCCUGUUAUUAAUCAAGGAUCUAGUGAUGGUUUUGAAGCCGAUAAAACCUCUCUCCCUUGUCGUACACUUGACGAAUUCACUAUUUAUGAUGUGAACUGCAAAAAUAGAGCGGUUAGUAUCGAAGAGUUAGAUGAAGAAGGUCGUGAACUUCAUGUUUCUGGGAUAUAUUUUAGAACUAGUACUAUUUUCUAUUUUCAAAUUGAAUACUUGCAAGAUGGCCAAAGUGAAAUUUGGAUUCGCACUCAAUACGCGUUUUAUAAAUUACUUAAAGCUUCUGAAGCCUAUGUACCAUAUUUCAUGCCAGUAUUCAAAAAAAUUCGAACAGCAAAUAUUAUAAUUGAAGCUAUAGCAAGUAAUCCGGAAAUAACUUAUGAACAAUUCCUCGAUUUACUAAAAACGACAUCAUCAUUCCUAAGCAACUCCACAACAGUGGAAAUAUCGGAGAAAGAUAUUUUGAAAAAUAUUGAAUACAUUUACCAAGAAUUGGAAACUUGGAUUGAUGAAAAAGAAGCUUAUGGAGCUCUUUCUUGUCCUCUCCUAACAAGUUUACUAAAGAUUUUGAAUAAGAAGAGUAAGAGAUCAAAAUACGUUCAUUCUGGAGACACGGAUACUGUCAAGACCAAACGUAAUGUGUCAAUCAAGAGUUCCAAGAAUAAUCCUAAUUUGUCUGUCUUACGACAUCAAAAUCCGACUUGUGUCACCCCUUUUAUUCAUAAUUUGACUAAAGGAAUGUUUGCUAAUAAAUUUAUUACUGUUAAGCAUGAUAAUGAAUCAGAGGAUGCCAAAGAACCCCUUUUCAAAAUCGAAGCUCCUGUAAUUACGAAACCUGUGACUCAUAAAGUAAUAUGGAAUGAAAAACGAACUGCUAAAAUUGAUGACAUUUCGUAUUAUAAUUCUGCUAUGGUUGACGGAGAAACGAUUGAUGUAGGGGAUGUUGUUUAUGUAAGGAAUGAUGACUCUGAUGAACCUUGGUUUGCAAAGGUUAUGUACAUGUUUGAGGAUUCGUCAAAGAAAAAAAUGUUCCAUUCUAGAUUCUUCAAUCACGGCAAAUCGACCUUUUUAGAAGAAUUUGCCGGCGAUAGAGAGAUUUUCUUAUUGGAUAAUUGUACCGAUAAUGAUCUUGAAACUGUCAUGGGAAAGGCCAAAGUAAAGCGUCUUGAUAUUGAUGAAGACGAGUCUUUUGACUUCGAGGAUGAACAUUUCUAUUUUUAUCGGUUCUGGUAUGACGAAAAAUAUGCAGCAUUCGAAGAAGCACGACUUCAUGAGGAUCCAAUGAUUGUGUUCAAUUAUUGUACAGAGUAUGAACAAUGUCACUCUUGUGAGAAUUUAAUGGCCGCUGAGCAAAAGCAAAAUCCUAAAUGGAUCUACGGAGAUUCACAAGAUACCUCAUUAGGUUUAACGUACAAAGGAGUUGACUAUCACCUUAACGACUUUGUGUAUCUUAUCCCGGAGGAAGCAAAUGAUAAUACUCCAUAUGAAGUCGGUCAAAUUGUUGAACUUUUGAAUACAGGAAAGAGAACGGUUGAUGAUUAUUUUGAAAAGAAAAAUAACGGAAAGCAAAAGGUUGAGGAACCCGCUGUUUGUGUUAGAUUAUUGGGAAGAUAUGACGAUCUUAUAGUGCCAAAUCCAUCAAGUAAGACUUUAGAUACAGCGACGUAUCGAGAUAUUAUACUUGAUUCUCGUGAGGUUAAAGAUUGUAGGAGACUUUUCUUUAAGAGUGAGACGAGGGUCAUAAAAAAGAUAAAGGAUAAAGUAGAAGGUUUAUGUUGGGUAGAGCAUAAAGAUAGGAUAAGUGACCUUAAUUCAUAUAAAGACGAAAUGGAUACUUUUUAUAUAGAUUAUAAAACCACGAAAAAAUAUCCUAAAUUAUCGGAUCUUGAAAGUAUAGAUGCCGAUGAAGUCCAAUUGUGUCCUUUAUGUAAAGAAAAAAGACAAAAUCGUCAAAAAGAGAUGUCCGAAUUUAUCGAAUACGUAAAUGUUCAACACAAAAAACUUAGAGCAAUGGAUAUCUUUUCGGGGUGUGGCGGCCUUACUGUAGGCAUGGACAAAACUGGUAUAGUUGAAACUAUGUGGGCAAUCGAAUUUGCCUCCAGUGCAGCCUUAACUUUUGAAAAGAAUAAUCCUCAUGCCAUUACUUAUAACCAGUGUGCUAACUUAUUACUCGAAAGAGCAAUUGCUGAACACAGUCGAAAAGAAAGUUUAGAACCUCUACAAGACUUUUUAGAUCGUCAAGUUCCAAGUAUGCCUGCCCCUGGUGAA